AUGGACAGUAGCUGCCACAACGCGACUGCCAAAAUGUUAGCGACCGCUCCGGCCCGGGGCAACAUGAUGAACACCUCCAAACCCUUGGCUUUCUCCAUCGAAAGAAUCAUGGCACGCACCCCCGAGCCCAAAGCCCUGCCCGUCCCCCACUUCCUGCAGGGAGCCGUGCCCAAGGGGGACCCCAAGCACUCUCUGCAUCUUAACUCGUCGAUCCCCUGCAUGAUCCCCUUCGUGCCCGUGGCGUACGACACGAGCCCUAAGGCGGGAAUGACGGGCUCGGAGCCGCGGAAGGCGAGCCUGGAGGCUCCGGCUGCACCUGCAGAAGCGCCCGCGGCGCCCGCGUUCAGCUGCAGCGACCUGCUCAACUGCGCGCUGACUCUCAAGGGCGACCUGGCCCGCGACGCGCUCCCGCUGCAGCAGUACAAGCUGGUAAGGCCGCGGGUGGUCAACCAUUCUUCCUUCCACGCCAUGGGAGCCCUGUGCUACCUGAAUCGAGGUGACGGCCCGUGCCACCCGGCGGCCGGCGUUAACAUCCACCCGGUGGCCUCCUACUUCCUCAGUUCCCCUUUGCACCCGCAGCCAAAAACGUAUUUAGCCGAAAGGAAUAAACUGGUGGUCCCGGCGGUGGAGAAGUACCCCUCGGGAGUAGCUUUCAAAGACUUGUCCCAGGCUCAGCUGCAGCAUUACAUGAAAGAAAGCGCCCAGCUCCUGUCGGAAAAAAUAGCGUUCAAAACCUCUGACUUCAGCCGCGGCUCUCCUCAUACCAAGCCCAAAGUUUUCACUUGCGAAGUGUGUGGAAAGGUCUUUAACGCGCACUAUAACUUAACCCGUCACAUGCCGGUGCACACAGGAGCCAGACCCUUCGUCUGCAAAGUUUGUGGAAAGGGCUUCCGGCAAGCCAGCACCCUGUGCAGGCACAAGAUCAUUCACACCCAGGAAAAACCUCAUAAAUGUAACCAGUGUGGCAAAGCAUUUAAUAGAAGUUCUACUUUAAACACGCAUACCCGAAUACACGCAGGCUACAAACCAUUUGUGUGUGAAUUCUGUGGCAAAGGAUUUCAUCAAAAAGGGAAUUACAAAAACCACAAGCUGACCCACAGCGGGGAGAAGCAGUUCAAGUGCAAUAUCUGCAACAAGGCUUUCCACCAGAUUUACAACCUCACAUUCCACAUGCACACCCACAAUGACAAGAAGCCCUUCACCUGCCCCACGUGCGGCAAGGGCUUCUGCAGGAACUUUGACCUCAAGAAGCACGUCCGCAAGCUGCACGACAGCGGCCUGGGGCUGCCCUGCACCUCUGCUGGGGAGCCGGGAGCGGACCCGUCCCCCCCUCUACAGCAGCCGCUGCCCGCGCCGCUGCCGCCCCCUGGGCCCCUGCAGCCUGGGCUCCCCCCGGGCCACCAGUGA